AAGCUGAUUGGCGCAGCUGUAAGCUGAUAAGACGUCGCACCUGCUCGGUCCUCGGAGAGGAGCGAUGGACGGGAGUGGAGGACUCGAGGACCUCGAGCUCAGAGAGGCGCAGAGGGAGUAUCUGGACUUCCUAGAUGAUGACCAAGACCAAGGUGUCUAUCAUGAGAAGGUCAGGAAUAUGGUGUCUGAUAACGCUUGUCGGCUCAUCGUGAACAUCAAUGAUUUGCGAAGGAGGAACGAAAAGAGGGCGAAGGCUAUGCUGAAGGAUUCGUUCGGUGAAUUGAUUGCGUUCCAGAAGGCCCUGAAAGAUCUGGUGGCCUCCAUUGACGCCACCUUUGCCAAACAGUUUGAGGACUUCCACGUUGGUUUCGAGGGCAGCUUCGGGACCAACCACGUCAGCCCCAGGACCCUCACUGCCCGCCACCUUGGAAGCCUGGUCUGUGUGGAAGGCAUUGUUACCAAGUGUUCUCUUGUGAGGCCAAAGAUCAUGCGGAGUGUACACUACUGCCCUGCUACCAAGAAGACCCUGGAGCGGAAGUACACAGACCUCACCUCUCUGGACGCCUUCCCCUCCAGCGCUGUAUACCCUACCAAGGAUGAGGAGAACAACCCUUUGGAGACAGAGUACGGGCUGUGCGCCUACCAGGACCACCAGACCCUGACCAUCCAGGAGAUGCCCGAGAAGGCCCCCGCCGGCCAGCUGCCCCGGUCGGUGGACGUCAUCACGGACGCUGACCUGGUGGACCAGGCCAAACCCGGAGACCGCGUGCAGUUGGUGGGCGUGUACCGCUGCCUGCCUGCUAAACAGGGGGGCUUCACCUCAGGCACCUUCAGGACAACGCUUCUGGUCAAUAAUGUCAAACUCAUGAGCAAGGAAAUUGUACCGACCUUCUCUGCUGAUGAUGUGCACAAGAUCAAGAAGUUCUGCAAAGCCCACCCAAAAGAUGUGUUUGAACACCUGGGCCGCUCGCUCGCCCCCAGUAUCCACGGCCACUGCUACAUAAAGAAGGCCAUCCUUUGCCUGUUGCUGGGAGGGAACGAGACCAUCCUGGAGAAUGGCUCCCGCAUCCGUGGGGAUAUCAACAUACUGCUGAUAGGUGACCCCUCGGUGGCCAAGUCCCAGCUGCUGCGCUACGUGCUCUACACGGCUCCCCGGGCCAUACCCACCACAGGGAGGGGCUCUACCGGCGUGGGUCUGACGGCGGCCGUUACCACGGAUACGGAGACUGGCGAGAGGAUCCUGGAGGCCGGAGCCAUGGUGUUGGCCGACAGGGGGGUGGUGUGCAUCGACGAGUUUGACAAGAUGUCCGACAUGGACCGAACGGCCAUCCACGAGGUGAUGGAGCAGGGCCGGGUCACCAUCGCCAAGGCCGGCAUCCAGGCCCGGCUCAACGCUCGCUGCAGCGUCCUGGCUGCCGCCAACCCCGUGUACGGCAGGUAUGACCAGUACAAGACCCCCAUGGAGAACAUCGGCCUGCAGGACUCCCUGCUGUCUCGCUUCGACCUCCUCUUCAUCGUGCUGGACAACAUGGACCCGGAGAGCGACCUGCAGAUCUCUGAGCACGUGCUGCGCAUGCACCGCUACCGGACCCCCGGGGAGCAGGAGGGGACGGCGAUGCCUCUCGGAAGCAAUGUGGACAUCUUUGCCACCGAGGACCCUAACAUCACAGACACCGCAAAGCAGGAGCUCCAAAUAUAUGAAAAGGACAGCAUCCUACACAGCCACCGUAGCAAGAAGGAGAAGGUGGUUACGAUGGAGUUCAUCAGAAAGUACAUCCAUGUGGCCAAGCUAGUGAAGCCUGUGCUCACCCAGGAGGCAUCGGACUACAUCUCAGAAGAGUACUCCAAGCUCCGCAGCCAUGACCAGUUCAACUCAGAUACCGCCAGGACUAUCCCAGUAACUGCCCGUGCCCUGGAGACCAUGAUUCGAUUGGGCACAGCGCACGCCAAAGCCCGAAUGAGUAAAACCAUUGACAUGGAAGACGCGGAGGCUGCCCUUGAACUGAUGCAGUUUGCCUACUUCAAAAAGAUACUGGAGAAGGAAAAGAAGCGUAAAGCUCCAGAUGAAGACAUGGACCUGAGCCAGUCCCAGUCCCAGUCGCAGUCCCAGUCCCAAUCCCAGACGCAAUCCCAGUCCGAAAGUCAUAGCCAGGAUCCCAAGAGAAGCACCAGGAAACGCGCCCUGGCUACAAAAGAUGACCUGAACAAGAUGGCAGGCUCCGAGGCUGAUCCUUAUGACUUUGCUGGGGAGGAGAAUGCCCAACCCAAUCUAAGACCCAAGCCUUUAUCGCAGACUCUACGGAAGAAGGAGAUAAGUCAGGACAGACUCAAGGCGUUCAAGGGGGCUCUGCUGCAGGCCUUCAAGACCAAGCGCUCCCAGUCGGUGGCGGUGGCCGAGCUGCUGGGCCUGGUCAACAAGGACCCCACUCCGGCCCAGGGCGAAGGCUUCCAGGAGGGGGAGGUAGAGCAGCUGCUGGGCCGCAUGCAGGACGACAACCAGGUCAUGGUGUCUGAGGGCGUGGUCUUCCUCAUCUGAUGGCAGACUCCUCCUCCUCCUGCCUCACAACGCCAAAAAAAUCAUUUUAUAAUUGCUUGAUUUUUUUGAUUAAACAAAAAUAAAUAGUUUGAGCAGGGA